AAUCACGUGGGAAAGAAGAAGGAAAAAAAAUCACAGCAACCGAAAGCAAAGAAAAGGGGCGGUUGUUGGCUACGGUGGCCGCCGAAGGAUAAAAAAGUGGGGCGUGGUUGACUACGGUGGCCGCCCGGCGAGCGACGGUGGGAUGGAGUCGGUGGUGUUCAUUUUCUCCCUCAUUGAUUGCUGCGCCCUGAUUUUCCUGUCGGUUUAUUUCAUAAUUACUCUUUCAGAUUUGGAAUGUGACUACAUUAAUGCUAGAUCUUGCUGCUCUAAACUAAAUAAAUGGGUGAUCCCUGAAUUGAUUGGCCAUACCAUUGUUACAGUAUUAAUGCUUAUUUCACUGCACUGGUUCAUCUUCCUCCUCAAUUUACCUGUUGCAACCUGGAAUAUCUAUAGGUACAUUAUGGUUCCCAGUGGAAACAUGGGAGUAUUUGAUCCCACAGAGAUCCAUAAUCGAGGGCAGCUAAAAUCACACAUGAAGGAAGCCAUGAUUAAACUUGGUUUUCACCUUCUUUGUUUUUUCAUGUACCUUUAUAGUAUGAUCCUGGCAUUGAUAAAUGACUGAAGUCAAACAGGAGCUGUUAAUAGUUGCCAAAUUCUGAACUAUCACUCCAUUGAAAAUGUUGUGGAACCAGGAGCAACAUUCAAGUAAACCUACACCAGUGUCGUCAUGCAGUAUAUUUUUCCUUUUUGAACAAAAACUAUUUUUGCUGUAUUUUUUAACAUAAAAUAUUUAAAAACCAUGA